AUAGUCUCACUAUAAAUACUCGUUCGCGUGUCUUCAUUCUCCAAGCAUCGUCUCCCGUGAGAUGAGCUCUUCUUUAUUCGCUCUUUACAAAGGAGAAACAACAGGGUGAUUUUUUUGGGAAGCUUGGGAAAAGGGAGACGGGCAGACACAAUUUGCCUAAGAAAAUGUCAUAAUGCACAGUGUCAACCAUUCUUUAGACACUUUCUCACCCAACAUCCAUUGGAGGUUGAUUGAGGAUGGGUUUCAAUUCGGCGUUGGCAGACGCUGGCGAGUUCGGACUUUAUCAGAGACUUUUGUGUUUUGUGUUUCUGCUGACAGCUAUUGCCUACCUUUCUCUCAGUUAUUGGAUCCAGAUUUUUAUAUUGAUGGUUCCAGACCAUCGGUGUCGGGACAGUGCUGAUCCAUUCUCUGCAGGAAGCAACGGCACAAAAUGUGGAGCCACAAACUUUUCAUCUAAUGGAAGUAGAAACUGCCCUCAGGGCUGGGAAUAUGAUUUUUCCACACUUUUUCCCACAGCUGCCACAGAGAAUGACUGGGUAUGCGAAAAUGCGUGGAGAGUUUAUGUUGUCCAUACCUUCUACUGGGUUGGGUCCAUCCUCGGCCAACUUUUUUUCGGCUGCCUCACAGACAGGCUGGGUCGGAAGAAAACAUUUUGCUGGGUAGUGCUUUUGUCAGUACUAUCCAAUCUGGGAACUAUCAUGGCUCCGGAUCAUGUGACAUUUACAGCUGCUCGUUUCUUAACAGCAUUUGGUAUAUCAACUAUAUCAACAACAUCUUUCAUGAUAGUAAUGGAAUACACGGGUCCAAGGAACAGAACUAUUGUUCUCUGUACAUGGGCUGCAUCAUGGACAUCUUGUGCAGCUAUGCUGCCAUGGAUGGCGUAUGCAUUAAGUAACUGGAGGUGGUUGCUUUGCAUACCCUUUCUACCAGCUUCUGUUCUUUUAUUUGUUUCUUGGUGGGUUCCUGAGUCAGCAAGCUGGUUAAUGACCAAGGGCCAAGUUUCCAAAGCGGCCGAGUUACUUCACAAAGUGGCCGAAGUGAAUGGGAAAAAUUUGAGUUCUCAGUAUUUCUAUGACCGCUUGGUGAGUUCCACUCUGGAAUCAAAUGGCACCAAACCAGAAAAAAAAGAAUCCUUCGUGCAGACAUCUUUGGGGCUUGUCAAGUAUCCUAACAUGAGGAAAAAGACGUUCGUCUUAUUGAUAUCUUGGUUGAUCAUCCACUUAUGUUACAAUGGCAACAGCUUGCAAACGAGCAAUUUACCUUUCAAUAUUUAUGUCUCUUUUUCGGUUGGGGCUUUUCUGGAAAUCCCCGUCAACAUGUUCUGUAUUUUAUCAUUAGACAGAUUUGGCAGAAAGUGGCCAGAUGUCAUUUGCCUUUAUAUCGGAGGAAUACUUGGAAUUAUCAGUGGAUGCAUAUCGCAAAAUGCCGAGCACGAAAUAUUCGUGAUGGCUAUGUUGGUACGAAUCACUUUUGCCGCAGGGACCAACAUCACUUUCCAGUACACGGCGGAACUUUUCCCAACUGAGGUUCGCGGUCGAGGCCUUUCCCUACAAAGAAUGUUUGGGGCUAUCGGGAGCUGUUUGGCCCCAACUGUCGUGUUUUUGGCGGAAAUUGAUCGGCUGCUUCCCAUGCUAGUAUUAGGUUGUCUUUCUUUAGUGGCUGGUUCACUGAUUAUAAUUUUGCCCGAAACCACUGGGCAUCAAUUGCCUCAUACCUUGGAAGAAGGAGAAAAAUUCGGAGCUCAUGAAAGCAUCUGUUCUAUCUUCUCUUCCAAGCAAAAAAAUGAGACAGAUGAAUGUGCAGCGAAGUUUGGUCGAGACAACCUAGCAGCAGAUGUUCCCGAAGGUACACAAGGAGUGUUCAUUUUGACUGCCAAAGAAACAGAAGCAAAACUAUGACAUCCUGUACAAAUAAACACAAUCGUUUUAUUUAUUUAAAUUUUAUGUAUAUUGUUCGUGCUUUCUAUUGUAAUAAAAUUAUUCGUUAAUUUA